AUGGUUAGUUUAGAAAGUGGUAGUGAACGUGAUAACCUUUUCGAAUCAACUGAUGGUGACGAUGAUAAUAAUACUCAUCAUGAACAUUUAAAUGAUUUUGAUGAUCGUAGAAAAAGAUAUGAAAAGAAUCAAACAAAGAUUCAAGUUAAUGAACGUCGUCCAUUAAUGGAUUCAAUUGGUGUUUUAUCAUCAACAACAACUUUAAAUUCAUCAAAAAACAUUAUUCCUGAUAAUGGAAAUAACAGUAAUAAUAAUAAUAAAAAUUCAGAAAAAAGUGAUAGAGAUAAUUCAGAUGAAAUUAAUAAUAAAAAGUAUGGUUGGGAUGGAAAGAGUAAAAGAAAUUUAAAUAAGAAAUCAUUGAAAUCAGUAUUGAUUCGUCUUCAUUUAUCUUAUAGUUUUGCAAUAAUUUUAUUGUUUGGAUUUAUAUCAAUGGGAUUAUGGAUAUCUUUUAGUGUAGUUUAUGAAAAUUCUCAAUCUGGUAUUAUAUUAGGUACAAGUUGUGGAAGAUCAUUAAAUGGUCGUGAUAUUAAUUUCUAUGCAUCUGAAUUAUUAAAUUUUGAUAAUGAUUUUCAAUUCAAUCAAUCUAUAAUUAAUGCAAUUGAACAAUUACAAUUAAAUCAUCAAUCAUUACCAUACCUUGAAGAGGUUAGACCAUUAAUGGAAGGUACAUAUGGUUGUUGGGAAUUGGAUCAAAGUAAAUGUUUAAAAGAAGAUUCAAUCUAUUAUAAUGAUGUUAAUUUAGGUUUGGAUUGGAUAGUUGAAUCAUUCUUUAGAAAGAUAUUAAAUCUUAUAAACACUGACCAAAGCUUACUAUCAACUAGUGAAGACUAUCAAUGGUUAAAAGCAAUAGGUUCAGAAUUAUUUCUCAUUGGUUUAGAUACUGUAACAUUUAAAUACUUUCUUCAUUAUCAAAGAUUACAAGAAUGGGCAACAAUGGUUUUAACAUCAAUUUUAGCAGUUAAUUGUGUUAUACUCUUAAUCAUUUAUAUGGCUCUGUUUAGACCAUUUAUGAAUCAUCUUAGAAUUCAACAUAUUCAUACAUUAGCACUAUUACGUUUAGCUCCUGAUGAUAUCAGAUAUAUGGAAAUUAGUGAUAAAGCUAUUGAUGAAGAUUAA